AUGGUCGUUCUUCUUCCGGCGCUCGCCUCACUGCUGUUCGCCACAGAUGUAGUAGGCAGACCAGCAGUACCAGAUCGUGAACCAGUAAAGCGAGGGAUACGAGCUCCUGCACACCGGUAUAUUCCCAGCAACAACAUAGUCUCGCGGGAUACUGGUGCAGUCUAUCAUAUUUGGAACGGUGGCGGAUGGAUCCUCCCUGUGUUGGUCGGUGGCCAACAAGUCUUUUUAAACAUUGACACCGGCUCCUCUGACCUUUGGACAGCAAGCACUUUGAUGCCUGAGGACCAGCAGAAUACCGUUACUCGAGGAUCCGUGUAUAAUCCUAACAACAGCUCAACGUCACGAGAGGUUGAGGGAUACACUUUUGGCCUAGCCUAUGCAGACGGAUCUGGAGCUUCUGGGCCUGUGUACAGGGAUACCGUCAACAUUGGCGGCGCUAUCGUACCGGACUUCGCUCUUGGGGUCUGCGAUGAUUUGCGGUAUGGCGAAGGCAGCGACGGCACUCGCGACACUGCUGGACCAGUCGGUUUAGGGUUUGGCAAAUUGAACUCCAUUCGACCCAACCCGCAAUGCACCUUCAUGGAAUGCUUAGAGCCGUACAUUCAAGAACCCAUUUUCGGCACAGCAUUCAAGCUCAACAGCACUGGGUUCAUUAACUUUGGCUAUGUAGACUCAGAGGCGUACACUGGUCCCUUCACUGAAGUUCCCGUUGCCAACACUAGUUCGGGCAACGAAGGCCAAUGGAUGAGCCUAGGUGUCAGUUUUGGAUCAGGAGGUGAUCUCUUCAUCGCCGACCCGCUUGACAUGGACUUUGACUCUGGCACUGCUUCUCUAUCUGUUUCGUCGGACAUAGCUGCUGCCUACUGGGCCCUUGUUGAGGGUGCUGAUGACUCCUCCGGUUCUUGGGAAUAUCCGUGUGGUACUGAGCUGCCCGAUCUCGACUUUGUCUUCUCUAAUGUCACCCAUGGUCAUUCCACUGUGACGAUUCCUGGUAAGAAUCUCAAGAAUGGUGAUGGUACCACGGGCAUGUGUGGCACCUGGAUGGAUGUAGUCGAUGGACGUGGCAAUGCUGGUGUCCCAUUCUACAUCAGCAAAUACAUUGUCUGGAACCAAGCGAAGCCUAGCAUGUCUUUCGCUGAUCAGGCCAAUUGA